AUUCCUUACAGCCCUCUCUAUAGUUGAAUAGUCAAGAAAUAAAAGUGAAGAUUUCUGCCAAGGAGGUUUUCCCUCUGGAAUUUUUCGUGGGAUAAGGUUUAUUGGUGUAUAAAAUAGGUAAGUCAAUUUGGUGUUGUGAGUAUUAGUGUAGUGAUAGUGUAAACAGUCUGUUCAGUAUGCCGAGACUUGUGAAAAAAGUCCUAGAAUGUUGAUGAAUGAGAAUUUUUUUAUGAAAAAUCAGAUUAGAUUACUAUAGCCUUUUUUAGUAUGAAUUGUUUAUAUUUCUUUUUGCUUUUGAAGUUAUUCAUUUGGAUGAUUUAACAUUUUAAUUAAACAAUAUUUUAUUGAGUACUUUCCCGCUUCAAUUAAGGUGGUCUUAAACUUUUGGCCUACUGUGUAGAUAGAAAUGGUUUUCUAAAGAUAUCUUUCAAGCUUUGUACAUAGGGAUAUCAUUUUCAUGAUGUUUUCUUACAAGAGUAUUUAUUUUUCUAAACCUAAAUAUAUUAGGUAAGUGAAAGAAGUAAGAAAAAAAUUGGUGAUGACAAUCAUUUUUUUUUUUUAUAUUUUCAAUCCAAAAUCCUUUGUUUCUAUAUGUUAGGGUUUUAAAGUAUUUUGUGUGUUGUGUUUGUUUUGGUUAUAUUUUUUUUUCAUGUACAAUGUACAGUAAGUACUUCAAUUAUAAUUUAUAGCCUUUUUAAAUCUCUUAAAACUUGACAUAUUCAGAGGGUUUAAUAAUUAUAUGUUCAUUGUCGGUGAAUUUCCCUGGAUUAAGUAUGUAACUUAAAAUUAUUAAUUUUGCUUUAGCCAAGAUUUAUUUUAAUCUCAAAAUAUUGUCGAAAAUAACAUCCACUUAAAGUUUUAAUGUAUUUGAUUUACUACUACAUUUUCGUUACAAUAUAUUUCUGUUGUGAUAUAUACAAGAUUUCUGUUGUCUUUACACUUAUUAAUGUUGCAGCUUUUACAUUGGAGUUAAAAUGGUUUAGCUUGUGCAGUGAUUUGAGUUACCAAGACUACAGUACUUUUUAAUUUUUUUUCUGGCUCUUCUUCAAUUUUAUCGCCAAUACCAAUCAGCGUUACUAGGACCUAAGUUUCCAUUUUAUUUUUUAGUUUUUAGUGCACAUUUGAGUAGUUUUUCCAUUUUUAUUAUUAUUUCUCAAUUUGUUUUGUCAUAAAUAUAAUGAUUAAAUUGUGUUUUAGUUGUUGCUCAAAUAAUGUCAUAAAAUCUGUCUCUUUCAAUAGUUUGAAUAAUGAAUUAAAAGUAAACUUGAAGUAUAUGACAACAAAAAAAAUAGAUCAUGAUUUUCUUUAACACACAUUGCCAAUCCUGAAUGCAAAUAAUUUAUAAGUUAAUAACUGUACCCUAGAAAAAAAUGUAUCUGUGUUAUAUGGAUAUUAUAUUCAAUUCUAUCAUUUUAAUAAACUUUUUUCGUAGGGUUACGGUCUUCAAUAAAGGAGAGAAGUUCAGCCACUUAAAAGGUUAAAGAAAUCGAAUCACAGAAUAAGUUUUUUUUCCAAAUAUUCACUGUGGUGCAAGAGAUGCAACAACAAAAAGCUCAACUUGUCAGACAGCGUGAAGAUUAUGUUAGAAAGGCGACUGUAUUGAAACAUGAAUUGGAGCAAUUACAAGGACAGAAACAGGAUCUGAUGGGCAGCAAACCAAUGGCAGAUUCGGAUCUCUCCCGCAUCUUACAGCAGAAUUCAAAAUUGCAGGAAGAAAUUCAAGGAAAAAUGAAAGCUAUUCAUAAUGUAAUUGAAAUGCUUUCUGGUAUUAUAAAAGACGGUCAAUCUAUAAGUGAUUUAGAAGCUUCAUUGUCAAAAAACGAAACUCAAUCAAUAUCGAAGUCCCCAACAUCAACUAAUUGGAAAACAUCUUCUACGCCCGACCAUUCUAAGAAGAACGUUUCUGAGAAUUAUAAUUACGUUCAUUACGACACUGGUUUACAUUGGUGUAGAAUGUGUGACGAGUUUCCGGAAACUGCUAAAGAUUUUCUUUUGCAUCUGCAGGAUAAGAAGCAUCGAGAAACGAUGAAGUAUAAUGACAUAGAUAGUACACCGUGGCAUAAAUUGCCACCAGAACAAUUAAUGCCGACUACUGAAAACGCACCUACAAAAAGAAUUCCCAUUAAAGGUUUGCAGUUUUUCAUUCCGGCUCCAUCUUGGUAUUGCAAACUAUGCGACGUUUGGAUAGGUGACUUGCACUGUGCUUCACAACAUUUAAAAUCAAAAACUCAUUAUCAAAAUUAUGAGAAUUUUAUCGGUCAAAACCCGGGUUGGGAAACGGAAUGGGUUAAGGACCGUGAAAAAGCGAUGAGUAGAAAGGGAACUCAAGCUUCCUCGGAUUCUGAAGAAGACAAAAAAAAACGUAGACGCAGAGAUAAGCAUCUCAGUGAUGCAUUUCUCCUUAAAGACAAAAAGAAGAAAAAGAAAUCCAAAAGGAAAAAGAAGCAAUCUUCAGAUUCUAGUUCAAGUUCUUCGUCAUCUGAUAGUUCUUCUGAUGAUAAUGAGGACAAAUCUCGUAGUAUUAGAGUAGCUAUGAGAAAUAUGAAGAAAGUACAAUCUAUAAUGGAUGAAGAUUUGUCAGCAAAAUGGAGUGUAUUAGAAAAGCUAGUGGAGGAGCAUAAAAAGAAAGAAGUGCGAGAUAAAGAAGACACUUUGAAAGCAAAUAAUGAAGCAGAAACUUCAAAUGAUCCGUUAAUUAACCAAUGGAUGUCUGUGCCACAACCACCUGCAAAGGAAAAGUUGAUGUUGGACACACUGAGAAAUCGAAUGCGUCACAAAUUGGAUAUAGAACGUACCCGUAUGGCGGAAAUCGACAAAAAAAAACGAGAAAAGGAACGGGAAGAACAGGAUCACGUAGAGCGAAAAAGACGUGAAGAAAAAUAUAGAGUCGAAGAAGCGGAUCGACUGAAGAAACAGAGAGAAAUGGAAGAAAUACAAAAACUGAAGGAUAGAGAACGAAAUCAGAUUAAAUUUAAAACGAAUAGUCAUGGUAGGAGUAAAAGGUCACAUUCUGAGAGUGAUAAUGAGGAUAACGAUGAAGAUAAAAUAGGAAAAUACAAUAGGAGAAAUUCCGAGCGAGAGGGAUCCUACAAAAAUCGAAAUUCAAGAAGUCGUAGUAAAAGUCACGACCAUGACAGACGUAUUUACAAUCAAGAUAAACGAAGUCCAGAUCAAACUCGUGAGGAAAACGAUUCAGAAUCUUCUAAAAAGAAAAUUCCAGGACCACCUAGUUACAAAAAAUUACCUUUUAUAGGUAGAAUGCCGUUAUUCAAGAAUAAAACCAAGCAAUCCCAACAGGAAGAAAAAGAUCAACCCAAAGAAAUUAAGAAACAAGCUUAUGAACCAGCGAGGAGAACCCGAUUCGAACCUGGAAAUCUCCCCAAAGCAUUCAUUCCAAAACCGGAUGUUGUAUGUUUCCCAAAACUUUCUUCAAUUCCACCUUUAACAAUACCACCUCCUCCGCCAACAAUUACAACUAGAGUUUCCAUUCCAGAACCACCCAAAAUUAGUGAUUUUAGUGAAAAACUUCAGGCACCCCCACCACCAAAAUUGGACUGUAAUCAAGCAAUGGAAGAAAACAAUCACAAUUUAAGUGAUGAUGAGGUAUUGUAUGGAUCAGAAGGAGUGAAUCCAAGUAUGAUGGGUCAGUACUAUCAACAGUUCGAAGCUACCGCUUACCAAUCGAUGAAUUCGUAUUCUUAUGAAAUGCCUGCUUCUGAAAUGGCACCACCACCACCAGAGCCACACUCUCACUCGAUGCCUUUGCAACCUCCUCCUCUACCACCUGAUGAUGAUCUUGCUCUUUUAGGAAUUUGCGCUGAUGACAUGGCAGCGCAAUCGUUUUAAAUUUUAAUUAUUUUUAUAUCUAUUAAGUAUCGAAUUAAUUAAAAGUAAUAUUUGGAAA